AUGGCUUACUCUCCUGCACCGCCAUCGCCUGUGCACGGUGGCCCUGGCCCAAGUUUGGUAAAUAGCUUACACUCCAGGGGCCGAUCAGCAAGCCCACCGACCAGCGUACCUCUUUCUAAGCGGGACAAGCGGCGCAGCGCGCUGCAAGAGCGCUUACAAGACCUCACGGCAUCCUUCAGCCAAAAUCGAGAUACCCAGUUUCGUCAGCAGCUCCAUGCCUUACAAUGUGAUAUGACCCUCAUCAACAAUGCCGAUCCAUACUCGCCUGGUCCUCUGCCGGACUCGUCGGAAGAGAUCGCGCAUUUGAUAGAGACUACUGUCGGCGGGGGAAAAUUCGCAAAGGAGAUGUCGAGCCUGGCUGGCAUGUGGUAUUCGCGCUUUGUGCAGGAGGUUAAUCAGGUUAAAACCGAAAAAGAUGCAGAUUUGGCUAUGCUGGUGCACCGUCAUAAUAGUAACCUAGAACGGUUUCAAAAGGAAUACGCUUUUCGCGUCCAUUUUGCCGAAGAAGAAUACAACCAUCUGUCCGCUACCCUUCGAGAGCGCCUUGUACAGACAAUAACGGGCAAGAGGACUCGCCUGAUGCGCGAGAAGGAACAGCUGGAUAUUGCAGAUACUAAUGCUCUGCUUCUGCAUCCCAAUCAGUUCAGCAUCACCAAUCCCUCUAGUCCUGGCGGAAUCCACGGGAACCGCAAAACCCGACACACCCGCCACCGUGUCGAUCUGGUGGACGAGCUGGGCAAUGGUAUUCUGGCGGAUUUUAAUAAGAGAAAGCGGAAGGCUCCUGAGGAGGACGUUGGGUCUCCGGUACGGGAGGGUGGCUACACUAACCCGGCCGAGCGUGCGAAGGCCCAGGUGGCGCAGCAGCAGCAUGCCCCGUCUUACUCUAUACAGUCCCUGUUCACAGAGAAGGAGCUCAGUGCCCAUGCUAAUCAAGCGCAUGUUGCCACGGUCCACUUCUUUUCUACCUCUAAGCGUGCCGAUCAGCCGUCUGGUGCGGCAACGAACGGUAACAACACCGACGCGGAAGAUGCGUCUGGGGCUGAUGGCACGGAAGACAAUGGUACUCCUGCAACCGACAUGGCGCGGACCGCUAGCCAGAAUUUCCAUGCUACCCGCUCUACCCGUGGACAUGGCAACCAUGCCCUUAAUGCGCUCGCGGAGCUGUCGGAUAAACCGGCCGUCCGUCCCAAUCUUCCUUACAAUAUACUCGCUAAUUACCAUGCGCGACCCAGCAAUAAUGGCGCACCUCCGCUGCCCCCCUUGAUGAACGAGGAAGUGGAUGAUGACUGGGCCAGAAUGGACCGUCUUCACGCAAAGCCAGUAGGCUAUGUGGAUAAGGGCUUGAUUCAGCUCCUCGUAGAACCGGUCCCAGCCGAGACAGACGGGAUUCCGCAGAACCCACACCGCUUCAGCAUGUUACAUCCCGACUUCCCGCCCGACAUGGGCAUACAUCUGCACCCGAUCGAAAGUGGGAAGACGAGACCGGAGUACAGCAGCGACCGGGCAAAGAAGUCCAGAACCGGAUAG